ACAUCUCUGCCUGAUCAUUUCGCAUCUUAAAAGACAAACAGAAAACCAAGGAUUAAAACAAAUAUAAAACUCAGCUUCUACUUGGUAAACAUCUGCUUUUUCUUUGCAGAGAAGAUCAAGACUGAAGAAUUUUGAAAAAAUAUUUUCUUUGCUAUCAAAUAAUUUCUUUUACUGUUAUCACAAAAACCAGCUGCAAACAUUUCACCACCAGCUGCCAUGUACAGCUCCAGCUGCUCCCGGGUCAAGCUCGGCCCAGAGGCCCGGCAGCCGCUGUACAGAAACAAAGGAAAGAGCUGCGGCUACUACAUGAGGAUCAUUUUCUUCUUUUCAUCCCUCAUCCAGUCGCUCAUCAUCGUCAGCCUGGUGCUCCUGCUCAUCUACGGACAGCCAGAAAAGUCUGCAGAGGAGGAGCGGGUCAAGAAGUUGGAGCUGGAAUUUAACAAGCUGAGCACAGACAACAUGAAACUGACAAAGGAGAAAGUCGAGCUUGGAGCAAAGCUUGCUGCUUGUUCGGCUGAGAAAACGGCUCUGCAGAAAGAGAUGGCGAAGCAGCAAGCUGAGGCCAACUUCACAAAAUUCAGAUUCAACUCUCAGAAAAGCAUCGCUCCUAUGCGUUGUCCUCCCUGUCUUCCACCGCCUACAUAUAUCCAUAACACAAAGUGUCAGGAACUCAUCCGAAAUGAGACAGCACUUGUUAAGUCAAACGUCAAUCAGAUGGUUCAGAAUCUGUUGUCCCAGAGGGACAACGCCUUCAGAGAUCGAGACAACGCCAUCAGAGAUCGAGACAACGUCUUCAGAGAUCGAGACGUCCAUCUCAUGGAGGUCAGGAAACUGCAUGGAGAUAAGACUCUCCAGGAGGAGAAGCUCACCACCUACAGAAGGAAGUGCAAAGAAGACUUUGUUCAGGCUCUGAGUGGGAUCCAGACUGUGACCACCAAGUUUUUGAAUAAGAUCGACAACCUGUUCCCUCACUCGCUGACGUUCCACCUCACCUGCAAGAGCCAGAAAGAACAACUGGAGACGAUAAAAAGCAACUGCACCAACCUGUCCAGGGAUGUGGAGAACAAGUUCCAGCCGUAUCUGGACCAUGUGGGCGAGAAGAUGACUGAGGUUCAAUGGCGGUCCAGUCAGCUAGAGGUGCAAAACUCGGAUCUGACCUCCAAACUGCGGCAGUGUGAAGACAAAUACAAGACGGCGGUCGCUAAAGCUACCAUGGAUUUAGACGAGCAGCAAAAGCUUCAUGAUCAACAGUUAACGACAUUACUGAGAGAGAAAAUCGAUCAGGAGCAACAACUGGCCCAGAAAGACACAGAGAUUCAGGCGCUGCGUCAAACGCUGCCCAGCAAGGCUGGCCGACCAAACGCUGCUUUCCUGCAGACUGUGCCUCAGCAGGGGAGGUAGGCUGCUACCAACAUGUCUGGCGCAGUCAGCUGCAGCAGACCUGAAGUGGUUGGUUGAUAUGAGUUGUGAAUCCAUCUAUUACCUGUAGCAUCGAUUUCCAAAGCACAGAAAACCCACCGCAACUUUGACUGUGAACUUUCAAUAGACAUGUUUAUGUUGCUAUUGUUAAGCAAUUUGACAAAACCUGUAGAUAUCAUUAGCAUAACAAAAAUACACUUUUCUACAUUUCCAGUAUUUUACAGAACGUACUAAACACAAUCUGAUUAUUUUAGUCUAACCUUAAAUGUAGAUGAAAGUGCAACAAUUUCCUGGUUAAACGGAAGCAAGUAGAAAUGUUAUUUUAUGAGAUGUAACACUGAGUUAGCAUCAAGCUACUGCUAAUUAAAGGAGCAGUAUUACGUAUUUUUCAUUUUAUAGCAGAAUCAAUCAAUCUUCAGUUGUUUCAAAAAGGGUGUAUAUAUCAAAAUAUCUUAAGAGAAAUUUGACUUUGCAAUUCAACACUUUGAAAUUGGGCCUCUGUCUCUUUAAGAAGCUUCUGCUCUUUCCGACUCUCCGCCUUCAACAAUGUUUCUCCAAUAAGCCGUCUACAAUCGUUUUCAAGAGCGUUGCAAUGAGAAAUAGUUUUUAUAAUGAGCUUAGCAGACUCAUAGUUCCAACAAGUGUUAGCUAACUGGUGCUGCUGCUAGUCUGAAGGAGCAGUGUGGGGGAGGCGCUAACCCUUUUGAUGGGGAAUAACAUUAUAGCAUGAUAUAAAUGUCAAAAACUACAUUUUACAUAAAAGUAACUGAUUAAUUGAUCAUCAGUAAGUGUGAUUGCUUUUAUAAAGAUGGGACUUCAGCCAAAUUCCUGGUCCAGUUUGUAAACAUGAUGUAAAAAACCCCAGAGGAAUACAGGUGUAAAUAUUUUUCUUGUGCGUCGCUCACAAACUAAAAAUGGACUCUGACUCACUCCAAAGCAGGUUUGCCCUCUUAUUGUCUCAGCGGUCGUAAAAAUGCAACAAAGACUCGAGACGAGGACACAUAGAGUCGCUGUUUUGUCUCCUACAAGCUAAAACAGCAACAUUUAUGUUUCCUCGUGAUUCAUGAGCAGUUUGCACAAAACCACAACAUCAAGUCUGGAGUUAGCUGCUCUAUUUCUAUUUUUGUGUUUAUGGUGAGCUUAAAAAUAGGUCAAAUCUAUUAGCUGCCUGUUUUAUGGCUUAUUUUAUAGUUUUAGUAACUAUUAUAGGAACCGUUCUUUAGCUUUACAGCUUCCUUUUCCUUCCAGAAGUUAAUAGCACAAAGGUUUCUGUUGCAGGAAAUAGAUGCUGGUCCUUUUUUUUUACUAUUAUUAGAGGUCCAUUUUGGUACACAUGAACAAGAAAAGAGAAAAAAUAGAAACAUUGUAAAAGGAAAAUUUAUUCAUCAAGUUCAGGAUCAGGUUGAAUUCUCCUUAAAGCUUGUGUAAAUAUUGUACAGAUUAUUCAUGCUGGUGAGUAAAAUUAUACAUGCAUUAUUCUUAAACUAAAUUUUUCCUGCUUUAUUAUAGUGAAUUUACAUUAAAAUAUUUUCCUUUUACUAACGUAUUUAUGCAAAUAUACACCUUCUGCUUAACUUUGAGGCACCUAUAAUAAUCUGACUUAAAUUUCUCUUUGAAAUUUAGGAUUUAUUUUGAACUUUGAGUUUAAGCAACCCGUCUGCUCUGAAAUAUGUAAAUAAAUUGUGUUAUUAUAUUACAUAUGGCUUGUUGAAUCAGAAGUGAAAGUUGCUCUCCUGCCACCAAAUGAUGAAGGAAAAUGAACCACUGAUGUUGAUAGAUCUGUAAAUAAAAACUGUUUUGACUUGA